GUAAGCAGAAGCAAGAAUUUAUUUAGAUAAUGGAGAGGGAGAGUAGCAAGGUUAGGAAAAAAGUGCCGGGCAGGAGAUUGAUUGAUGAGGUCUUUUCUUGGUCUAUAAGAGAUGUUCUUAAUAAAGAUCAUUACAAAAACCAGGUAACUAAGAUUCCUGAGACAUUCUCGGAUGUAAUGAGUUACAUGAGAGUAUUUGUCCCUUCACUUCUAGAGGAAACACAUGAAGAUUUACGCUCAAGCGUGAUGUCCCUCUCGCAGUCACCUGCCUGUGAAAUUCUGACUGUUGAAACUUCCAAGGAUCAUAAACCACCUAAAGACCUUUUUUACCAAAUUACAUGUAAGAGGAGAGAAGGAGGAGAUUCUGUAGGAGCAUAUGAGCCAGAAGCUGGUGACAUCAUUGCACUCACCGAUGUGAGACCAAAACACAUUGAUGAUUUGAACAGAUCCAGAAAUUCCUAUCUUAUUGCUUUUGUUAUUGGACCACCACCCGGGAGUUCUGAUAUGCUUCUGAUACUUGCAUCAAAGUCCAUCGAGGGAGGAGUGCCAGGAAACAAAAGGGUUAUGAGAAAGAGUAAUAAACUAUUCGCUGUAUAUCUCAUGAACAUGACAACAAACGUACGUGUAUGGAAAGCUUUGAACUCAGAACCAGGCGCAAACACAAAUCUGCUCAGGAGUGUUCUGCAAGUGCAACUACGAAACUCAUCACAUGGUCAGAAUUCUUGCACAAUAUGUUGUUCCAAAGAAAACAGCUUCCUUGCGCUUUCUCCCAUGUGGCCUGAAAUGUGUUCCGAUCUAAAUGAUUCCCAAGAGGCUGCAGUUUUGAACUGUAUCAGUUUGAGUAAGUGCCAUCACCAGAAUUCAGUCCAGCUUAUAUGGGGUCCUCCAGGGACUGGAAAAACAAAGACAGUUGGUUUAUCACUGUUUGCAUUGUUUCAGUUGAAGUGCAAAACACUAACAUGCACUCCCACCAACAUUUCCAUCGUAGAAGUAACAAAACGGCUUGUGAAAUUGGUUAACCAAUCAUCAGAGAAUGACAAGUAUGGACUUGGAGAUAUAAUUCUAUUUGGGAAUAGAAAGAGAUUGAAGAUUGAUAGUAAUGAUGACCUUCUUGAGGUUGUGAAGGAGAUACAAUACUCACUGUAUUUAAAAGAGAGAAGGGAGAAAUACAAUGGUGAUAGCAGGAACUCAACGAGUGAUUAUCACAAUGGUUUAUUGACGUUUGAGGAGUUUGUGAAGGAGAAACAGUAUUCACUACCUUUGAAAAAGGGAUCGGAAAGAUGUGUCAAUAAUGGUGAAGAUAGUGAUCGUAAGAACUCGUCAAGUGUUGAUAGUAUUGAUGUUUUGACGUUUGAGGAAUUCCUGAAGAAGAAUCAUACCGUCAUUGGUGAAAAUCUGACCCUGUGUAUGGUAAACUUGUACACUCACUUGCCAACUUCUUGCAUUUCAUUAAAUGUGGUGAAAUACAUGAUUAGAGCUAUUGAAUUGCUCAAGAAAGUUAAUUCUUUAGUGUUUAAGGGGGUUGGCAUUGCUAGUGAAAGUUUUCAAUCGGUUGCAAACGAUUGUGUUGUGAUACUGAGGUCACUUCGUGCAUUUUGCGUUCCAAAUUCUAAUGAUAGUCAGGCAAUAAGGAAGCUGUGUUUGGAAAACGUUUGCUUAAUAUUUUGUACUGCAUCAACCUCGGCAAGACUGCAUGCUGAAGUAAUCAAACCACUAGAAAUUUUAGUCAUUGAUGAAGCUGCUCGGCUUAAAGAGUGUGAAUCGGCAAUCCCCUUACAACUAGGUGGCCUUCGACAUGCUAUUCUAAUAGGAGAUGAGAGGCAACUUUCUGCUAUGGUUAAAAGCAAGAUCGCAGAGAGUGCUGGUUUCGGAAGGAGUUUGUUCGAAAGACUAGUCCUAUUGGGACAUGAGAAGCACCUUCUCAAUGUCCAGUAUCGGAUGCAUCCAUCAAUUAGCUUAUUUCCAAAAAGGGAGUUUUACAAUAAUCAGAUAUUAGAUGGUCCAAAUGUCAACGAAGAAAGGUAUGAGAAAUGCUUCCUUGAGGGAAAAUUGUUUGGACCCUACUCUUUCAUUAACAUUGCAGAUGGAAAAGAAGAAUUUGGUCGUGGAUACGGGCCGAAAAAUAUGGUUGAGGUUGCUGUUGUCGAUCAGAUAGUUCUUAGCCUUUACAAAGAAUUUUCUCGAACAAAGAAGAAGAUUAGUAUUGGGAUCAUAUCACCUUACAAUAGCCAAGUCUAUGAAAUUGAACAGAGAGUGAAAAAAUACAAUACAGAUCAAUUAGAAAGAACUGACUUCUCUGUAAGUGUGCGUUCUGUUGAUGGAUUCCAAGGUGGUGAAGAGGACGUGAUAAUCAACUCCACUGUUAGAUGUAAUGGGAAUGGAUCAAUUGGUUUCCUGUCAAAUCUUCAAAGAGUUAAUGUUGUACUAACACGUGCACGGCACUGUCUUUGGAUAUUGGGGAAUGGUCCGACCUUGUGUAACAGCAACUCUAUUUGGAAGAAGCUAAUCAUCGAUGCCAAGAAUCGCAAUUGUUUUUUCAAUGCUGAGGAGGACACCAACUUGUCCCAUGCUAUGGUAUCUGCCCUCGUGGAUCUUAACCAGGUUCAAGCUUUAUUCAAUUCUGAUUCUCUGCUGUUCAGAAAUGCAAAAUGGAAGGUUUACUUUGCCAAUGAAUUUAAAAACUCCAUUGCACAAUUUAAAGACCCUGAGAUUUGUCACGAAGUGGCUUCUCUACUGAAAAAGCUUUCUAAUGGUUGGCGCCAAUCUCAUGAGGCAAAAGUCUAUGGCGGGACUUGUUGUCAGCUGUUAGAAAAGUAUCAAGUUCAUCUAAACCUGAAUUUGAUAUGGAGUGUGGACAUUCUGCAAGAUAAUUCACAACAAGUGCAGAUCAUACAAGUUUGGGAUAUUGUGCAACAUUUUAAGGUACCAGAACUUGCAAAGCGUCUUAACAUCAUUCUUGGAUGCUACACAAUGGACAAGGUUAAUCGUUGCAAACAAAUAAGUCUUGAGGGGGACAGUGUUGUUCCAAUUACAUGGCCACUGGAAUAUUCAAGCAGUUGCAGAGAAUCUGAUCCUAUUACAUCGCCACUGGAAAGUUCAAGCAGUUGCAGUGAAUCUGAUCCUUUGGAGUUCCUUUCAACACCAUUAUCUUGUAUCACUCUGGGGGACGAGCCUGCUGUAAAUUCUAAUGCAACUUAUAACAGCUACUGUUGUUCAAUGUGAGUGCAAAGAAGGCCACCGGAUCGAAACAAAUGUUGUAAUGAAAUAUGAUGAGAACAAGACGUGAUGCAAGAAGCCAAAAGCAGUGCAGCAUCUUAUGCCUCAUUUCGGUUUUCUAAAUCUCUAUAUAUGUAUUUGCAAAUACAUCUACUAUUUAUGCAGAAGUACGUAGAUUAAUUUACAUGCGGUUUUA